GAGAGCACGCCAUUCACCUCAUUUGUCAGCUUUAUCUAAACAUGGACCAGGUCCGCCUGUUUCUCCUAACAGUGCUGGGUAUUGUUGAUGUUGCAAGUCCACUGAAAUAUAUUCCUCAGCACUGUAACAUUGUGAGCGCCACUGUACCGUGUGUUUGUAAGGAUGAGCAUGGGAACUUUGUGGAUUUACGACCGCUGGCAAACAAAAAUCUGACCGCUAGAUUCCAAGACCACUCCCCGGCAGAUGGUGAUAAUAACCAUACGUAUUCUUGGAAUCCAUGUUAUGGUUUCAUCGAGAAGUCCACCAACGACACGGGCUGUCUAAACGUCGCGAGCUGCCGAGUAAACAGCAAACGGACUGAGUUCCUGGACAUAGGGAUUCAAAAUGGCGCCUCUUUCGGCCAUUUUGAUAAUGGAAACUUGUCGCUCACAUACACUUCCAAAGACGGGAAAAGAACAACAAUAGUAUCGCUGUACUGUGAUCAGUUUCGAGAAGACGGCUACCUAAGAGCGGUCGGAAACAUGGGCACCUUCUAUUGGUUACAAUUACGAAGUAAGUACUCUUGUCCUCGAAACGAAAGCAGCAUUCGCCAUUUCCCUGGAACCGACCUCCUGCUGGGUUCUCUUUCUUUGGAGUCGGAAAAUCAUACGGAAGUGCCGCAACCGCCUACCAUGCCGUCACCAGGCGUAGUUACGAUGACGUCAAAACCGGAACCCAGUCUGCACGAGAUCACUUUCCUUCUUACAGGGAUUUUAAGUGUGUCCUUCCUCAUUCUGCUAGUGCUCGUCGGAACAUUAUUUAGAGAAUGCAUCAAGAAAAAUCCAUACGCCCAGUACUCGAUAGUACCAAACGAUGACAUUUUAGAGAACAAAAUGGAAAUUUAUUGAGUGGGAACAAUAUUCUUGUUACAUGUAUCGUAUAAUAGUGUAUCUGCAGUAUCUCAAUCAGCUCUCGUGAUAUAAACAUUCUGUGUCACACUGAAUGUACACGAACAACGUCGUGUUACAAAACACCACCUGUUUCAGUAGAAUAUGUGUUUUGAAUGUUCAUUUGGUUGCUGUUAAUUUUUUUAAUUGUUUCCAAUAAAGCAUGCCAAUUUGA